AUGUCCCGGGCAACGUUUGACAAGCUCUGUGAACUGCUGAGACCUCAACUAGAGAAGCAGGAUACUGUUAUGCGUAACUGCAUGCCGGUUGAUCAAAAGGUGGCUGCUGUAUUGAGGACUCUUGCUGGAACCGGUGAAUUGGAAAUUGUGGCGGACCUAUUUGGUAUAUCUCGUGCUAGUCUUUCAAUAUUUGUAAAGGAUGUUGUUCAAGCCAUUGUAUCUUUACUAACACCUCAACUGAUCCAGUUGCCAUCAUCAGAGGAGGCUUAUGACAUCAUGGACAGGUUCAAAGAAAAGUGGGGUUUUCCCAACAGUAUUGGGGCUAUAGAUGGCACCCACAUUCCAAUCAUGGCACCUCCUCAAUACCACACAGAUUUCUACAAUAGAAAAUGUUAUUACAGCUACAAUUGCCAAGCAUUUGUUGAUGAUCGGUAUUGUUUUCGAGAUCUGUGCGUUGGGAUGCCAGGGAGUCUUCAUGAUGCGCGUGUUUUGGCAUAUUCUGAUCUAUUCAAAGAGUUUGAGGUGCAUGGAUACUUGAAUGAUGUCUCUGUAAAUGUCAACGGUGCUACAUUACCUCCUGUAAUACUGGGAGAUCCCGCUUAUCCUCUUCUACACUGGAUUAUGAAGCCAUACCCAGAAACCACAGGAACUACAGAGAAGCAAAAGAACUUUAACUACCAACUGAGCAAAAACAGAAUGGUAGUGGAAAACAGUUUUGGGCGCUUGAAAGGCCGUUGGAGGCGUCUACUUAAACGCAUUGAUUUUAACAACGAAGAUGUCCCAGAUCUUUUCAUAGCCUGCUGUACACUUCAUAAUUUGUGCGAAUUGGAAGGCGACGCAUUUGAUGACAAAUGGCUGGAUAAGAUUCAGGAUCGAUUAGUUGACAUUGUGCCAAUGAGGGCUGUGACUACUGAGUUUGUUACGAGGAAUAACAAUCCAAAUGCUAUUAGGACGCAUUGA